GGAAAUAAAAAGAAAAGCUUGAAUUUUCCUUAGUGGAUUUUAUUGCUUAUUAUCAUGCGGUUUCGUUUUGAUGCUUUCACUUUCUGUUUGGGGAUUACAGUAUGUGAAUUGUAUGUGGGAUGUAUUCCGUAGGGGCUUGCAAUGUUAAAGUUGGUUCUUUUGGUGAAACCCUGUUAUUUUCCCAUUCAAUUUCUUUGAUCCUUUGCCCUUUGUCUGUGUGUGUGUGUGUGUGUGUGUGUGUGUGUUGGGGGAGGGGGGAUUGUUUAUUUCUCUGUUUGGAUGUUUGAAUAAUUCAUCUGUGUUUCGUUGGAUAUAUCAUCAAUGUCAACUAGGACUGCAUUUGGAUUUUGGUACCUUUUAAUGAAUGAAAGAAAGUAGACCAAGUAUCUCAGCUGCUUGGGAGACUUUGGGGGCUUGUACCUACCUUUUUUUUCCCCUCCCAGUUUCAGAAAUAUUGCCUUUGUCAGUGUUGUUGGGAUACCUGAAUCCUCUGUCUUGGAAAUGCAUGCUAUUAUUUUUCUUGUUAUAUUUGCAUAAUAUUUGAAUGAAAUAAGCUUGUUGUAAAUGGUUAUUCUGUGGGGAAAUUUUGCAUAUACUUUGAUGAUCUUUAGUAGAGGUUGUUAUAGGCUGGAGUUCUUAGAAUUGCUCUUGUCAUAGAUUACUUGUCGGUUAUUUGUUAUGUGAAUCAUUGUUUUUCUUGAGAUGCUCAUAUUCAUAUUUAGGUUUAAUGAAGUGAAUCUAAAACAUUGUUUAGGUUUAAAGAAGUGAAUUCGAUGUGUAUUGUUUUUUCGAUGCGUCUUAAAUGAACUUGGCAUCUGCAAGCUGUAUGUAUUUGACAAUUGUGAGUUGAUGUAUGAUUUUACUACUUGAACUUUAGGGUUCGGAAUGUGUAAUCAAGUUUCUUUCGCGUGGUGUCUACAAACUGUAUGUGCGCGGAGAUAAAUUUUUGAGGGCUUGGAAUUUAUUGUCUUGUUUGGGGGCCUGGUUGUCCGAUUUGGCACGCAACAAAUUUGAUGAUUGGUGCAUUAUGUUGGUGACGUUUAGCUGUAUUUUUUGAACAAUUAGCGUUGUAACGGCGUUUAAAUGAUGAUGUUAAUUGCGACUAUGCGUCAUUUAAUGGGAUGAAAAGCCCUAACUUUUUAUUUUUAAUUUUCUGUUUUUUUUUUUAAAAAAAAUAAAAAUAAAUAUCCCCAUUUGCGGCAUGCCUUUCACCGCCUUGGAUACAGAUAAGCAUUUUUAUGAGAUCAUUGUUAAUUACGUGUCGGAUUUUCUUUAAAUGCUCUAUAUUUGCUGGAUAUCUUGAUGUUAAAUUUUUGCCUUUUCAAUUUAGCAUGAUUGAAUUAUCCUUUCAGGGUUUGAAUCAAGGGGCAAAAAGCAAGAGCUCUCUUCUAGGAACAGUGGCCUUGAAUCUUGCAGAAUUUGCUGUCAAGGCUCCAGAGGAGUUUAACCUUAAUAUUCCGCUGGCGCUCUCAGGCAGUGUAUCUGAGUCUCGCCUCUUACUCAAUAUAUCACUUAGCUUGUUGGAAUUAAGAGCUUUGCAAGAUUCAACGGAAUCAGUGCAGAGGACAGUUUUUCCUAUUCCAUCUCCUACACAGUCAGCAGAUACUUCCUCUACUGAGAAAGAUGAGCUUUCAGCACUUAAAGCUGGUCUCAGGAAGGUUAAAAUUUUCACAGACUAUGUGUCAACCAGGAGAGCAAAAAAGGCUUGCCGCGAGGAAGAAGCUAGCGAGGGCAGAUGUUCUGCCAAGAGUGAAGAGGGUGACUAUGGAUACCCAUUUGAUACAGAUUCACUUGAUGAUUUUGAUGAAAGAGAAUCUGAUGAUGGCAAGGAGGACCCAACUAUUAGGAAGUCAUUUAGUUAUGGAACUCUAGCUUAUGCAAAUUUUGCAGGAGGGUCUUUUUAUUCAAAUUCUGUGAUUAAUGAUAAUGAUGAGGAUUGGAUUUACUACAGUAAUCGGAAAUCGGAUGUUGGAUGUGCACGUAGUGAGGAUCCUGUUGCACCAGUUCCUGAGCCGUCCGUUGUGCAGAAUACGAAACGGAGUAUAUUACCUUGGAGGAAGAGGAAGCUGAGCUUUAGAUCUCCUAAAGCCAAAGGAGAGCCCUUGCUUAAGAAGGAUUGUGGAGAAGAAGGUGGAGAUGACAUUGAUUAUGAUCGGAGGCAGCUCAGUUCGGAUGAAUCUUUCUCUUUCUGGUGGCGCAAGACAGAUGAGGAGUCUAGUGCCCAUCGGUCAUCGAUAUCUGAUUUUGGAGAUGACAACUUCGCUGUUGGCAGCUGGGAACAGAAAGAAAUAAUGAGCCGGGAUGGAUUCUUGAAGCUUCAGACUCAGGUCUUCUUUGCUUCCAUUGACCAGCGCAGUGAGCGGGCUGCAGGAGAGAGUGCAUGUACAGCCCUUGUUGCUGUGAUUGCUGAUUGGUUACAAAGUAAUCGCGAUUAUAUGCCCAUUAAAUCACAAUUUGACAGCUUGAUCAGGGAAGGUUCUCUCGAAUGGAGGAACCUGUGUGAGAACGAAACUUACAUGCAGCGAUUCCCUGAUAAGCACUUUGAUUUGGAGACUGUCCUUGAAGCCAAAAUUCGUUCUCUUUCUGUUCUCCCUGGAAAGUCUUUUGUUGGUUUCUUUUACCCAGAUGGGAUGGAGGAGGGAAGAUUUGAUUUUCUUCAAGGUGCCAUGUCAUUUGACAAUAUCUGGGAAGAGAUAAGCAACCCUCCUUCAAACUGUUCAAGUGAUGGUGAACCUCAUGUUUAUGUCGUCAGUUGGAAUGAUCACUUCUUUGUGCUCAAGGUUGACACCGAAGCUUACUACAUAAUUGAUACAUUGGGAGAGAGACUCUACGAAGGCUGCAACCAGGCUUACAUACUUAAAUUUGACAGAAACACAGCCAUCUACAAAGUUCCUGAUACUAAAUCAAGCUCGGGACAGGAAAAGUCUGUAGGUGACCAGCCCAUCAGUGCAGCAGCAGCAACAGGGGAGCCAAAGAACCCCUCUCAGGAGCAGGGAAGCUCAGAGGGUUCUUCAGUGAAAUCUGAGGCAAUGAAGAGUGAGGAGGGAGAAGAAGCAGUGGUUUGUCAAGGUAAAGAGUCUUGCAAGGAUUAUAUUAAGAACUUCUUGGCUGCCAUUCCAAUUAGGGAACUGCAGGCUGAUAUGAAGAAGGGGUUGAUCAAAUCGACUCCCGUUCACCAUCGGCUGCAGAUCGAAUUUCACUUCACUAAGCUACAAGAACCAGUAGCUCCUGUUACUCCACCAGUGGAAGAAGCGGCACCAGUCAAGCUAGAAGCAGUUGAGGUGGAAGAAGCCGCACCGGUCAGUUGAAGUGACUUCUUAACCUUCCAUAGUUCUGCAUAGUGCUUGUAACUGUAAAUUUGAUAGAGAGAAGCAAAGUUAGUCCUUAAAGUUGUUUACCUUGUUUUUACCAUUAGAGAUAUUUGGUGAAUGCGGUUAAGAAGGGUGCCAAAUUCACCAUGCAUAGGUGGGUUGUAAGUCGUAAGAGGGUAGUUAUGUUUUUUGUACUCCUUAUUGCUUAAGGAAAAUGUGUCAUUUUGGUCUGUGCGUGAACUGCUUGUGCCCUUAAAUGGGCAUACUUUUGUAAAUGACAUAAUUAAUGUGUUUCUAGUUCUCAAUGCAGUUUUGACCAUAUCCCCCAUCUUGACUAGAACUAGAACUAGAAGGUUCUGCUUUUGUGCUCUUUUGUUGUAAUAAUUUAUACUAUAUUUUUACCCCUAAUAGGAUGAUGUGCAGAAUCCCCGCAAUCAGUGGGGUGCUGCACUUUAUGAUUAUAAAAUGUCCUGACUGGGUUCAGGUAUUCUGAUUCUAG